AUUGACUCUCUGUCUCCGUCUCUCCCAUUUAGAUAUGAUGAGUGGGUCAAAGCUGACAAGAUCGUACGUCCGGCCAAUAAGAAUGUUCAGAAGAUUAAGCACCGCAAGAAAAUAAAGAACAAAGUGGAGAGAGAGCACAACCGCCUGGAACGACUGAACGAGGACCUGGGGAGUCCGUCUCCCAACAGACUGCGUGUCCCCCGCCCCUCCUCCAAACCCCCCGGCCCCUGCUCUGGCUCCGGCCCCUGCUCAGCCCAUGAGCGCCAUGUCUUCUCCAAGAUGGAGGACGGUGAGAACCAAAGGACUCUGACUCUGCAGUCUCCAGUCAAGUCUAGUGAAAUCCCUUCUAUCCUCAAUGGCCUGCCAGCCUCAGAGAGUUCAACAGACGAGUCUGAUCAGGAUGGUGGGCGUGAGGACGAAGAUGACCAUCCAGGUCCAGGGGGUCUCAGAAAGGGGGGUCCCCCCAAACCCCUUCACGCCUCAGACCGCUGGGAGGGUACCGCCCCUUCCGAUGACCCCAAACCACCAUUGGUCACAGGGGAGAGCCAAGAACUAAUCAGCGUCGAGACCCCGGAGGCUGGGAAGCGGCGUAGCCAACCAGAGUUUGAGGCUGAGAGGGAAGGGCCAGGUAGCUCCGCCUCCAGGAAGAGGAAGUCGGAGGGAGCGGCAGGGGAGCAACAGACCCAUAAAGGACCGCCGUCCAAAACCAAGCUCCCAACCAGGAGCACCAGGAGCGCAGACUGGCUGCCGGGAGGCUCCACCAGGAGGACCCAGGAGAGAGCAGGGGGGGAGGACAGAGGAGGAGGAUCCUCUAGCAGCAGCUCAGACGAUGGAGGUGCCCCUCCCACUGAGCCCCACCAGGCCGACCGAGACGGAGACCGACCCAGCUCCCGUCCCAAACCUUCCCCCUCCAAGAAGUACAACGGCAUGAAGGACAAGGCGGCCAAGGGUGGCGGCGCCCGCCCUGCGGGAUUCUGGGAGAUCCCUGAGAAGAGAGCUAAGAUGGCAGCCAGCAGCUCGGAGGAGAGGGAGAGGGAGAGAGAGAGACCGACAGGUGGCAGUCGAUCCAAGGGCCAGAAGGAUGUGUGGUCCACUAUUCAGGCCCAGUGGCCCAAGAAGACCCUGAAGGAGCUGUUCUCUGACUCAGACACAGAGGCUGCUAACUCCCCUCCUCCCCCAGGACCGGCCCAGUCCUCCUCAUCAGGCCUGGAGGAGAGGGAGAGCAGGGGGGAGGGAGACGAGGCAGGAGGAGGAGGCCUGGAGACGGAGGACCAUGACCCCUCAGAGGAGAACCAGGAGCAGGAGAAGAGGAGGAGUGAGCAGGAGGAGUUCCCCUCCAGCGGAUCGAACUCAGUCCUCAACACCCCCCCCACCACCCCAGAGUCCCCCUCCAUGGGGGGUAGUGGUAGUGGGACCAUGGAGCAGGGGUCUGGAACUGGCUCUAACCGGACUCAGCCCUCCUGUCCUCCCCUCUCUGUAACCCCUGCUCUUGGUACAACGCCCUCCUCUGAUCCCCUGGCUCUGGGGCACCCCAACCCCCUGGCAGAGGAAGGCGGCGGCGGGGGUCGCAGUGAGACAGACGGCAGUACGGUGGAGGUGGAGAGUCUGGGAGGGGAACAGCAGGACCAGGAUCUACCGCCAGACCAGGACCAGGGAGAGCACCACCACCACCAUGGGGGAAUAGGAUCCCCCUCCUCGCAGAGUAAAGCCUCCCUCCUGGACGGUCCAGGUAGCCUGUCCUCCUCUCACAGCCACUCCAACUCUACCUGCAGUCUGGAACUCAGUAGUAGCAGUCGGCACGACAACACUAACACUGAACACAAAGCCAAAGUGUCUGCCAGCCACAAGCGUCAGAAGGAUCAGCAGGCAGGUGGAGCAGCAAAGAGACACAAGCCAAACAGAAAGAGCUCAGUGCCUCCCAAGAAGAACAACAACAGGAAACCUGCCCACAGCAGUGACAGUGAAGACCAGUCAGUGGGCGAGAGCACAGCCAAGUCUUCAGCCUCCAAGACCCAUGGUGCAGCAGACAUGAAGGGGCCCAUCCAGGGACGCACCCCUCCAUCCAGCCAGAAGUACCACAAGCAGCAUGGUGACCCCGACCACCAUCACCAUCCUCACAAUCGGGAACAUCACCGGGAGCCGGAUCUGGAGAAGAUGUCUAGCCUGGAGAGGAUUUCCUUUCUCCAGGAGAAGCUGCAGGACAUCAGGAACCACUACCUGUCCCUCAAGUCUGAGGUGGCCUCCAUCGACCGACGACGCAAACGCAUCAAGAAGAAGGAGAGAGAGAGUACGGUGGCGGCCUCCUCCUCCUCCUCCUCCUCGUCCCCGUCCUCCAGCUCUCUAACAGCAGCGGUGAUGUUGACGCUAGCCACUCCUGUGUCCUCCUCUUCCUCCUCUCAGAACUCUGUUGUGUCUGUUGAGUGUAGGUGACCCCCUCCUGAGGCCCAGGACACAGCACU